ACAGCUGGGACCAAUGACUGCCCCGGACUCCUGGGUCCCCUUCCGGCAGCACCGCCAGCUCAGCCUCUACCUGCUGGCCAUCAUGACCUUCUCCAUCUUCCUACACUUAAGCAGCCGGUUCCCCACUGCAAGGCAGAGGCACACAACGAAGGGGUCCCCAGCCAUGCCACCCACCACAACCCCCCCAACAGAGCGGGGCAUGUGGACCGUGAACUCCGCCGGGCGCCUGGGGAACCAGAUGGGGGAAUACGCCACCCUCUACGCCCUGGCCAAGAUGAACGGGCGCCAGGCCUACAUCCUCCCAGAGAUGCACCAACAGCUGGCGCCGCUCUUCCGCAUCACCCUGACCGUGGUCUCCAGCGACGUGGUCCAGAGCGUCCCGUGGAGGAACUACGAGCUCCAUGACUGGAUGUCGGAGGAGUACAGGCACAUCGAGGGGAAAUACGUCCGGCUGACGGGCUACCCCUGCUCCUGGACUUUCUACCACCACCUCCGGCAGGAGAUCCUCCAGCAAUUCUCCUUCCACGACCACGUCAAGGAGGAGGCCAACCGGUACCUGGCUGGGCUGCGUGGGCAGCGCCGGAACGUGACCUACGUGGGCGUCCACGUCCGGAGGGGGGACUAUGUCUGGGUGAUGCCCCAGGUCUGGAAGGGGGUGGUGGCGGACAAG